AUGUCCGAUUUCGAUGAGGGACAGAUCAUCGAAUAUCAUAGUUUCUAUUGGCAUGCGCAUGAGUGUAAAUAUGCGGGAGAUUUGAUUACUGGAGAGGCGACGGGUGCAGAAAUCAGAGAAAGAGAUGAGGAGAAGUUGAAGGUUUUGAAGGAGCAUUAUCCAAUCAGAGUUGUGUGGGAGUGUGAAGUCGACGAGGAACUCCGUCAAAAUCAAGAAAUGGCUCAAUUCUUUGAGAAUUAUGAGGAUAGGGGUAUACUUCAAAUGGAUCGUGCACUUUUCGGAAGGACGGAGGUUUUUCAGCUCGAAGUCAACAACAAGAACAAAAAGUUGUGCUAUAAUGAUGUGGUCAGUUUGUACCCAUUCAUUAUGAAGACCCACACCUACCCCAUCGAUCCACCAAGGGAAAUGAAUGCUGCUCAUUAUUUGCAUUCAGUCUGCAUCAACUGGAAAACUGCUGAUUUGAAGGAAGUCCACUAA